AUGGGUAGCAUGGCUGGAAAGCGCCCCCGCGCGGCCUUUGAGGAGGCCUGGCAGCCUCCUUAUGCGCUUUAUGGCACGCCUUUACCUCCGCUGGACGCCGGAGUGCGCGAUGACGGGUCCUACAUGCCCGUAUGGAAGCAAGAGGUCACUGACGAACGAGGCCGAAAGCGAUUGCAUGGCGCCUUCACUGGUGGCUUCAGUGCUGGGUACUUCAACUCUGUCGGCUCAAAGGAAGGAUGGACUCCCGCGACGUUUGUCUCGUCCCGCCAGAACCGCGCCCGAGAUGCCAAACAGCAAGCGCAACAACGACCCGAGGACUUUAUGGAUGAAGAGGAUUUGCGGGAACAGGAGGAAUCACGAAAGCUUCAGACGGCGGAAGGGUUCGCCGGGUUUGGAUCGACCGAGGCGGAUUCGACGAGGAGAGCCGGGCUCAUGGAUUUGCUGAAAGCUAGCGGCGAAACGAUGGGCGUGAAGCUGUUGAAGAAGAUGGGUUGGCGCGAGGGACAAGGCAUUGGGCCCAAGGUGCGGCGCAAAGCCGACCUAGGUGAUGCUCCGGGGGAUGGUCCUGAGCAGACAUAUCUCUUCGCGCCAGAAAAUCCCCCGAUGGUCGCUUUUAUACGAAAGACGGACCACAAGGGCCUCGGAUAUGAAGGCGAGGCCCGUUUGGAGGAACGCAAUGGCUCACGCGAUGAGCCCGAGGAAUCAGACACUUUCUUUGGCGGGCGUCUCGCCAUUCAAGAGAAGGACAAAGCGCCUAAGGCGAAGGAAUCUCGACGAGGUGGGAUUGGCAUUGGUGUUCUUAAUGACACUGGGUCAGACGAUGAAGAUCCAUAUGCCAUCGGUCCCCAAAUAUCAUAUAACCGAUCCAUCGGCGAGAAGAAGAAAAAGAAAAAGCUCAAAGAGGAAGGCAAACCAGCGAUUGCGAUUUCCAACCCAUUACUGAACCCUAGCGCAAAACCCGUCUUCAUAUCGAAGAAAUCGGCUGCGUCGCGUGCAAGAGGAUUUCGAAAGUGCCGCGACGGACGACUACCGCUGGACGGAUUCGUUCUCGCUGAUCUAUCUGGCCUGUCCAUCUCAGACACGAAAUACGAGCCUCCUGAAAUACCCGAGGGCUGGCAGUCUGCAAAGCAACCCGCCCCAACAGAGCAAGAUCCAUCAAAUUACGUCUCUACAGCCGAUGCCGCCAAGGCAUCUGGUCUCGAUCCCACCUCACGAGCUGCUCUCUUGGGCGAGGCACAGCUGCCGGGCAAAUCCAUCUUCGACUGGAUGACCCCCAAGGCCCGCGAACGAAUUGCAAAGUUGACCGGGAACACUAAUCUUCCUCCGGCUCUUGGAGAAAAGGCCCCAAAGGGAUUUGAAUCCUCAGAUUCACAAAAGCGAAAAGAUUUAUCGGAUUUAGUCCCCAAAUUAGACAAACAAACCGCCGUUCAAGCCUUGACUCGAGCCGUGAGCGGAUGGAUGCCUUAUGCGGAAGAUGAGGACAAACGAGCACGAUAUCGUACAUUCCUUGAAGUCCGGGCAGAGAUCCGUGACUCCCUUCCGGAUCGAGUGCCAGGUUCCAGCACGGAUGAGUGGGUGACUGAGAUGCAGGAGUUUGCCCGCGCGGCGGAAGUGUUCAAGCCCAUGUCUGGUAUUAUGGCAUCACGAUUUACGUCGGCUUCUACCGGUCCCAAGGUGGCCUCUGAUGCUCCCGACUCGGCUGAAGCCUCUCUCGCCCAGCCCGCGGAGAGGCCCGAGCCUCCAGCCGUAGCCGCAGCCAAAAUUGGCAUGUUCGGACAAAUGACCCGAAGCACCAUACCCUUUUAUCCUGCUCGUCUUUUAUGCAAGCGCUUCAAUGUGAAGCCACCUGCUACAGUACAACAAGAGCCUGGAGAACAGGCAUCCAAUGCCAGACCUGGUACCCAGUUCCAUUCUGGGGGAUACCAGACUGAUCCGGCAUCAAGGGACCUGGUCUCUCAGGAAGUGAUGAACAUGAUCAUGACAGAAUCUGGACGCCAGCCGACCGCCAGCUCCGAUGCCACUAAAGCGGGUGCCACGGAUCCUCCGCCUGCGCCGGUGCCAGCGCCAGCUGUUGAACCUGAGCGAAACGAUGCCCUUGAAGCCGAGCGACCGGGCGAUGCAGUAUUCAAAGCGAUAUUUGGCAGUGAUGAUGAAGAUUGA